GUGCAACUCCGUUCCACAUUAUUAAGAGCCGUAUAGCGUGUACUACGUGUGUGCGUUAACGUUUUCUUGUCUGUUUGUUGACCUUGGACAGGUUGGAAAUCAUGGUUGUAUGACAGUGGUGGUUAUCUCGUCCAACGAAUACCGUUAAACAGGGAUAGUUUGACACUCGGUUCUGCAUUCGGUGGAUGUGACUCUCUUCACUACAUACUUCGUUUAUCACAUAAAACAUGGAUGAAGUAGUCCCAAAAGCGUCAGGUGAAGCAGCAGCAGCAAUGGCUGCAGCAGCACAGGCAGCAGCAGAAGCAGCAGCAGCUAAUGGCCCGAUGUUUGGUGUUUUAGACAUAGUUCUUCUAGCUGGAAUGGCUGGAUUUGGAAUUUACUGGGUUUAUUUCCGAGGCAGCCCCAAAGCCCAGCCACCACCCAAUAAAGGCUAUACAAUGCAACCCACUCUCAUAGCUCCUAAAGCAAAUGAAAACAGCUUUAUUACCAAAAUGAAAGCUUCCGGGAAGAACAUUGUGGUGUUUUAUGGUAGUCAGACAGGUACUGCUGAGGAAUUUGCUUUACGUCUUGUAAAAGAAGCUGCCAGAUAUGGCAUGAAGGCUUUAUAUCCAGCCGAUCCAGAAGAGUGUGAAAUGGAAGAACUUUCCAAAUUGAGUGAAAUCAACAAUUCGUUGGUGAUCUUUUGCAUGGCUACGUACGGUGAAGGUGAUCCAACCGAUAAUGCAAGCGCUUUCUACGAAUGGCUAAAAACAGAAGAACCUGAUCUGACUGGCGUCAAUUAUGCUGUGUUCGGUCUCGGAAAUAAGACGUACGAGCAUUUUAAUUCGAUGGGCAAGUUUUUUGACAAACGUCUGGAGGAAUUAGGUGCUACUCGAGUUGUAGAAGCUGGUGUCGGUGACGACGAUGGAAACAUGGAGGAAGAUUUCCUUACAUGGAAAGACAGUCUGUGGCCUGCUGUUUUAGACUUUUUUGGUUUAGAAAUGAAUUUACAAGAAAUUUCAAUGCGGCAAUACCGUCUUGAAACACCUGACGUGCUUCCUGAAAAACUUUUUACCGGUGAAAUUGCACGACUUCGUGCUUAUCAAACUCAACGACCUCCGUUUGAUGCCAAAAAUCCAUUCCUUGCCCAAGUAACUGCCUGGCGAGAAUUGCAUAGAGGAGGGGAGCGCAGUUGUAUGCACAUCGAGCUAGACAUUGCUAAUUCCAAGUUGAGAUAUGACGCGGGUGAUCAUGUAGCCGUGUAUCCGGUGAACGAUCCCGUCUUGGUCAAUCGUUUCGGCGAGUUGCUAUCUGUCGAUCUCGACACUCCGAUAUCAUUGGUUAACAUUGACGAUCAAUCGACCAAGAAGCAUCCGUUCCCUUGCCCUUGCACAUACAAAACGGCCCUCUCCCAUUACCUCGACAUUACGUCCAAUCCCCGAACUCACGUUCUGAAAGAACUCGCGGAACACACUGCCAACUUUGAGGAAAAGCAAAAAUUAUUAAUGAUGGCUAGUUCCAGCCUUGAAGGCAAGGAACUCUAUCAGCAAUGGGUUUUGCAAGACAAUCGUAGCUUGUUGCACAUCUUGGAAGAUUUGCCGUCGUGUAAACCGUCGUUGGAUCUCGUCUGCGAAUUAUUGACCCGUCUACAGUCGCGCUACUACUCCAUUUCUUCUUCUUCAAAAUUGCAUCCGGAGAGCGUACACAUAACAGCAGUGCUAUUGAAGUACACAACCCCAACCGGACGAAUCAAUAAAGGAGUUGCCACCACUUGGCUUGCCUCCAAGAAGCCUGAGGCAGAUCAGACAACCCACCAAAUCCCAAUAUUCAUCCGCAAAUCACAGUUCCGAUUACCAGCCCGUCAUCAAACUCCAAUUAUUAUGAUUGGUCCGGGAACUGGAGUAGCCCCAUUCCGUGGAUUUGUUCAGGAGCGACUCAAAGUGAAACGUGAAGGUAAGCCGGUCGGUGACACUGUUCUCUUCUAUGGUUGUCGUAAGAAGAGUGAAGACUUUCUUUACGAAGAAGAGUUCCAAGAGUCUAUUGAUGAAGGCCUCCUCACGCUGCAUACGGCGUUCUCCCGCGAACAACCCGAUAAAAAAGUCUACGUUACACACUUGCUCAAGGACCAUGGGGAGUACAUUUGGCGCAUCCUCGGUGAGGAAAAUGGUCAUCUCUACGUCUGCGGGGACGCGCGAAAUAUGGCACGAGACGUACAUGAUAUCAUUAUUGAAACUUGCAGUAAAUAUGGUCAAAUGUCGUCCAGUGAAGCUCAGGCAUUUGUUAAAAAAUUGGAAACUCAGCGUCGCUACUCGGCUGAUGUUUGGAGUUAAUUUGGUGCCUUGACCAUGUCUACGCCGAGCUUAUUGCUCCCAUGGUAGAUUUAUUAUUUGCUAUUAGGCUUAAAUCUUUUCUAAUUUGGUCUGUUCUCAUAAAAAUGUUUUUUUUUUAUAAGAUUUAAAAAAAUUCCUUCAGGAAUUUUUAUGACCAAAAAUUUUGAAAUUUGUCUUUGAUUAGUUCAAUUUUCUAUUAUAUUUUCCAUCAACCUUAAGGGUUAUGGAAAAGAUUUUGCAGCCUUUAAAUAUAAAGCUUGAUGGGUAACAAAAUUUGAAUGAUUAUUUUUUUCUAUUUUAUUCAAGCAAAUACUAGAACUGAGUAACAAAACAAAUGAAAAAUAAACAAAGCAAAACAUAUCUUGAGCCUUGAAGAGAUUCAAAAAUAAGAGCCAGUAUGGAACAGAUAGAAAGUUCAAUAAUUGUUUUGCAUUGCAAAAUAAACAGGAAUUAGUAAAGAUCUU